AUGGAUGGUGGCAAGCUGGCGUCCGCCAUUUCCAUGGAAUCCUUGAAUUCCGUCAGUACCGAGUCCUGUCCUCAAGUUCGGACCCUAUUCGUCUCAGGUCUUCCAAUGGACGCGAAACCUCGUGAACUUUAUCUGUUAUUCCGUGCUUAUCGUGGUUACGAGAGUUCAUUGCUGAAGAUGACGGCCAAGAACGGCAAACCGACGUCACCCGUUGGAUUCGUGACAUUCCAGACCAGCAAGGAUGCCGACGAAGCACGUAAGGCUCUACAAGGUGUACGUUUUGAUCCCGAUUGUGCUCAGGUGUUGCGUCUUGAGUUGGCUAAGUCGAACACGAAGGUCAGUCGGCCGAAACAAUCACCACCGCCGGUGAUUCCGAUGGCUGCUCCCUCGUUGCAGACAAUGCCUCAGUUCUUGGCGCCACUUCAACCCGCCGACGCGAUCCUCCUCGACCAACAUCCGCUGCUAUUCGAUCAGCAUCAACUAUUCUCACUGAAUCUUCCACGAUUUCCGUCAGCUGCUACGCAAUCCCUUCCCCUAGCUGGUAUUCUGUCAUCUGAUGGUGGCUAUCACCAGAAUGCUUUCCUGCAGGCUGCUCUGGGUCUUAACGCCCAGAAUGCCGCCUCACUUCAAGGCUGUUCGACGCUGUUCGUGGCUAAUCUGAGCCCUGGUGUUACCGAGGAUGAGCUGCGUUCUGUAUUCAAGGCAUUUGCCGGAUUCACUCGACUACGAAUGCACACAAAGAACGGUUCCUCUGUGGCGUUUAUCGAGUACUCGUCACUGGCCUCAGCAACCAGCGCUAUGAUGGCGCUGCAAGGAUUCCAUCUGGGCUCUUCCGAACGCGGUGGUAUCCGGAUCGAAUACGCCCGUAACAAAAUGGCCGACGUAAAUGGCUGA